UAGGAUGAAAAUCAGGGCAGAGCAACAAUCCGUGCGCAAAGAAAUUCGAACCCAUCUGAAAGGACUCUUCGGACUGGACACCUGGGCAGUGGGCACGCAGCGAAACAAAACCACCCCAUCUGAAGCUGCGACUUGGGCUUGCCAGUGCUCGCAGGAGGUUCCCUUCCAUCAAGACGUCUGCUUCAGCUGAUCGUUUGUAGGCUUCAGUCAUUGUGCUCGACCACUUCCAAGCCUGUUCAUGUGAUCAAGCUGCGCUCAAUCUGCUCGCAUGGUCAAAGAAUGCAGGCAGGUCAAGAUUCUAGCGGAUUGGCAAGCUCCUUAUCCGGCCGACGUCCUUUCAUUUCAUCCUAGCCAGUCCGAUAUUCUCGUGGUCGGCACGUAUCUUCUUGAUGAAGAGACUCGGAAUAGACACGGCAAGAUAUGUGUUUUGCAACUGCAGCGGGAUCACUCCCUCGUAUUGCUGUCAGAUGUUGAUGUUGACGCAGUGCUCGACCUCAAGUGGUUCGAAGGCCGCUUAUUUGCAGCGCAUUCGACGGGUACUGUAUCGAUAUUGACAUACGAAAGUGGAAAGCUGUCUGUGGAGUUAUCGAAGCAAAUCGUAUCUGCUGAUGUCCUCAUCAUGAGCCUCAGUGUCAAUACUACGGGGGUCUUGACAUCCAAUUCUGACGGCACAGUGACAAACCUCGGUCAUCAACUAGAGGUCAAGGCGACAAUAGAAGUCUCUGAGCUGGAGACCUGGAUUCAAGCAUACAAUCAUUCGUCCCUUGACCAAAGCAUCAUCUACGCCGGAUCGGAUGACGGUGCGCUGAGCAUUCUUGAUCUUCGAGACGAGACUGUGAGCUUGUGCAAUCGUAAAAGCCACGGUGCAGGAGUCACAGCUAUUCUUCCGUACACGGACACCUUGCUCUUGACUGGUAGCUACGAUGACAAGAUUCGCUCAUUCGACAUUCGGAAUCUGAGACGCCCAAUACAUGAGGAGAAUCUGGGUGGUGGUGUUUGGCGGAUCAUUCCAGACCAGGCCAAGGACUCGUUUCUGACAUGCUGUAUGUACGAUGGUGCCAAGUUGGUUGAUUUGACGGCUGAGGGAUUCUCCAUCACGGCAGCCCACACAGCGCACCAGAGUAUUGUUUAUGGCGGCGAUGUCGUGGUCCAGAACGAGGGCCCCUUGUACGGUACAUGCAGCUUCUAUGACAAGAAGGUCUGUCUCUGGAGCAUGGCAUGAUAUAUUAUAUAUGGUUACGUGACUGCGAUAAUUUUUGUCCUCAAAGCUUCGACGCGGUCGCGAUGAACACUCUGAAGCUA